AGACGCGCCUCUAAUAAACCGCACUAUCGUGUCAUCAUUCACUGUGCCAGAAGCAAUUCCUUCGGCCCGGAUCCACAAAGCCCUGCCCUUCGCGCCGUCUGCUCCUAACAAGACACGCUCCCCUCAACACCCCGCCUACGGGUCCCAAACGAGAACCAUGGCGACAAUACGCGAAGAAAAGACUCUGUCUGACCUCCCCAACGGGCACAUGCGCAACCAACACGAAUACUCGUACCGCCUCCCCACAGCCCCCCGCAUUGUGGUUCCCCCUCCCACGCUCACGACCGACAUGCCAGGUCUGUCUCUUGGUGGCACACCUGGAGGCGAUGUAGACAUGAGCUUCUUGAACGAGUUGGACCUCGAGGACAUCAUACAGAAGAACACGCUGCUAGAAUGGGCAUACGAGCGACGGAGACAGGCACAAAUGAUACUGCCGUGGGUCUAUCUUGGUCCUAUGGUGGCAGCCAGGGACAAGGCUUUUCUAGAGCGAGAGGGCAUCACCAUGGUACUGGCUGUUCGUGCCCAGGCCAACAGCAUGUCGGGCGCCAUGCAAGCUGCUACCCAGGUAUGCAUGGAGGUGGGCAGCAUCGAGUCUCCCAGUUUCUACAGCCUCACGCCCAGGUUCCCGGACGCGACGAGCAUGAUCAACUCGCACAUCGCACGGGUACGACAACACAGCUUGGAGACAACAGGGCAGGCCACUCUCGGAAAAGUGUUAGUCUUCUGCGAGUCUGGCAAUGAGAAGUCAGCUGCCGUGGUCGCAGCCUAUCUGAUGCAGACGCUCAACAACAUCGAUUACAUCAAGGCUAUGCAAGUCUGUCAAGCGCAGCGCUUCUGCGUUAAUUUCGACGAUGUCUUGAAGAAUAUCCUACGCUCCUAUUGGGAUAUUCUCCUUGCCCGACGCUCCAUCGCCGCCUCUUACGCGCAAGCGCCACACCAGAAUGGUCUUAGUAACGGCUCUGCACAGCCUGCAUCACUGUCCCUUUCCUUCUCGUCAAGUAAGCAAAAGCGAGGUAUUGAAGAUACAAGGGAUGGCGACGACGAUACGAACAUGGAAGAUGGCAUGGAUGCGUCGGAUGUGCUCCGGUUUACGGGGCGCGACGUUACUCCUUUCCAAGACCGGUAGACAUAAUCCUCUGGCAGUUGGCGAUUUCGUUGAUUUUGUAUCAGGCGUUCACUAGCAUUAUACCCUGCAUGAUUCAAGGCGUUAUCAAGCGGUGCUUGGCAUCAGAAGGCUUACUCAUAUCCGUAGUAUCGCUGGGCACUCCCAUGGAACGGGUAAGCACAUCGGCCUUUUCAUUCAGGCUACCCAAAACCUUGGCCAGUAGCCGCAACUGGUUCUGUCUCUUCUAAAACAUUUUACGCUCUACCUUUCCUUGCAUUUUCUCCUUCAAUCAGUGCUCCUGCGAAAUCUAUAUGACUGCGUCCUCCUAGACGGCUUUGCUUGCCCUGAGCCGAUGACGUGACUUCGUAAAUGACACAUGGGACGAUUGUGGGCACCUGCUUAGGCUAUCCUUCUCUGGUACGUGGCUUCUGCAGAACAA